AUGGCGGGCCCUUCAAGAGCAGAGAUAAAGAAGGAAGUCAGCGUCAUCUUGGAAACAGCAGACUUGACCACACUGUGUGAACGAAAUAUCAGGGAGCUUCUCACUGGAAAAUUCGGUGAUGUUGUGCAGACGGAUGCUUACAAAAAGAUGAUCGCGGUGACUGUCCGUUCUUUUAAGGGCAAGCCCCUUGUGGACAUCCGGGAGUUUUACGAGAAGGAUGGCAAGCCGAUGCCUGGGAAGAAAGGCAUAUCUCUGACACCGGAGCAGUGGGCAGCUGUCAAGGGCAGUGCAGCAGCAGUCUCAGAAGCUCUGGAUGCAGAGGAAGAGGACUUCACAGUUGACUUGUCGGCACAGAGGAAUUUGCGUGUGCGGCUAUUUGGUAAGAACCUCUGCGUGGACAUCCGCGAGUUUUAUGAGAAGGAUGGUGAAGAUGCUCCUGGAAAGAAAGGCAUCAGUCUACCUGCAGUCCAGUGGGAGGCCCUGGUCAGCGCCACAGAUGACAUUGAUGCUGAGCUGCAGGCUCUGGGCGCAUCAGCCAACCAUAAGCCCAAGGAAAGUGCAGGCAAAGCUGCUGCGGGGUCCGGUGCUGCUGGACCUUCUGAGGAAUCAGAGACCGUGCAGCACAGCGGCCCCCUCCCUGUCAUCCUGAGCAGCAAUCGGCGCGCUGACAUCAGCAAUUUCAAAGGAUCCACCUUUGUUAACAUCAGGGAAUACUACGAGAAGAAUGGCGAGAUGUUGCCUGGGUCCAAGGGGAUAGCGCUUUCCCCAGAGCAGUUUCAGAUACUCAAUGCUGCUGCCAGCGAUGUCACUGCCGCCCUUGCAUCAAAGGAUGUCGACUUCAAAAUAGCUCUGUCAAGCAAGCGAGCAGUGCGGAUCAAUCAGUUCAAAUCGAGCAUUAUGGUGGACAUAAGGGAAAUGUAUGAGAAGGACGGCAAAGAGCUGCCUGGAAAGAAAGGCAUCUCUUUGGUGGCAGAGCAGUGGCAGAGCCUUGUGAAAGGUCUGCCUGCCCUUGAAGCUGCCCUUCCAUGA